GGAAAGAUGAUGAGAUUAUAGAAGAAAUGGAGAGUCAGAAAAGUAGGCACAAGGAUGACAGGAACAAGAGAAGUCGGGAGAAAAGUGACAAUCAAAGGAAAAGGAAACAUGAAACCGAAGGGUCGGAGAACAGCAGUCUUAGGUAUGAGCUCGAGCAGCCCAUGAUUUCUUACAGGUCAUAUGACUCUUCUGACAAUAGCCAAAACAGUGAGAGGGAAAAGAACAGAUGGUCUGCCAAUGGCUACCGUAACCAUGGGUUCAUCGUUCAUUUCGAUUUUCAAUGGCAAAAGCAUAAGGAUCGAGCUGCACAAUCCAUCAAACCAUUUUGUGCUGAUCCUACGUGGAUGGAUAUACUUGUACAAGAGGAGUUCGAAAUGGAUUUUAGAACCAGAAAAGAUCAACUUUGUUCUACUUCUCGUAUGUCCACAACAUUUGCCAAGAAAAUGGCUUCUAGUGCUAUCAGAGAGAGGUGCCAACCCCCUCCUCAAACGGAGGUUGUUACUGAUCAUGAGAAGGCUGAAAGUGCACUGCAGGUAGAAUCACAAUAUAGAGCAUUGAUUGUGAAUUGGGUUCCCCCUCCCUUACAGACUGACCACCAUAAGUUUGAUGAUCAAGAGUGGCUCUUUCAGAGAACGCAGCCUAGAAGUGACAUGACUCGAGAAACUAAUGCUAGCUAGCACUGACUUCUGUCAUGGAAGCUACGUCCUAUACCCUUAAUCUCAUAGUUUGCCCUAGUAUGGCUUGUAGCUUUGCCUCAUUUAACACAUUUCUGAAACUGUAAAUGGAAGUAGAACUUAUUAACAUUAGAACUAGUUAGGUUUAUUUGCUGUUAUAUAUUUUUGCAAGAGAGUUUAGUGACUGCCACAUAAUAUA